GCCCGAGAGCCUAACACGACAGGCUGUACCCAACGAUAGACGCGUGACUACUCGCAGCCUCUAUAACAGCUUACUCGGUGGGGACGUAAUGCGCUCAUCCCUCCCAUUCACCUUGAGGAUCGCACCGUUUCUUUCUUCAUUCGCAUUCUAGGCUGGCCCGCAGGACUUUUCUUUUCUUAAACUGACCAUGUACGCUAAGGCUUUUGCACUCCUUGCCCUCUCGGCCCUUUCCCUCUCGGCGCAGGCCGCCCCCGCUGCUUCGAGCUCUCCUUCGAAUUCCGGGAGUGCAUCUUCAAGCGCCAGUGUAACUGCCUCUGCGACAGAGACGCCCGUCACACUGCCGAUUCCGACGCAGCUUGGCUUCCCAACCAGCGUAGUCACCCUCAGUUACGCAGUCGACUGGGUGAACGUCCACGCGGAUGGUAUUGCGUCCUACAUCGGCUCCUCCGCGCUGCAGGGUGUUCAAGCGACGUUGGGUGUCAUGGAUGCGCAGAAGUCCAUUGGCACUGCGACCCACCUAACCGCCUUCAUUGCGACUGACGCGAAUUCCGCCCCGGUUGUGAUGGUGUCCUCCAUCGGCGGCUCCGCCAUCACCCUCGCGACUGGCACGGUGGGUGGCACAACAACGUUCGGUGGGCAGGCCUUCCGCACCGCCGCCCCCAUCGUUCUCGACGCGCAAAGCUCUUCGUCCGCCUCCAGCUCAGCUGCUUCGAGCACUGAUUCCGCGAACAGCUCUUCGAAUUCUGCGUCCAGCUCGACGUCCGGGAGCAACACGACGUCGAGCGCGUCGAGCACGGGCACGGGCAAGAACAACGGGGGGUCCGCGGGCGUGCGUGUGCCGCAGUCGGCCGUCGUCGGGGCUCUCGCGGUGCUAGGAAGCGUGGCGAUGGGCGCCGUGGCUGUUUUGUAGUCCUGCGGUGGAUCAUGUUUGGUGCUCUUAUAGUGGCGAGGCGUGUCUGUGACGUGCCGAACCCUCGAAUGGGACAUGAAUGCUCUCUUUCCCCUCUUCAUUCGGCCUACCUCACGCCCAUGCACCAUACCAAGUACGGCCCUCAGCGAUCGUGGCAGUCAUGCAUUUGAAUUAUAUUCG